AUGUCAUCUGACUGCUACUUUGCCAACCCUUCUUUAAAGUCUACAACACAGUCAACGCAAUCUCAAGUUACAAAUACCACGAAUAACACGCAAGUCUUACAACCAGCAGUGUCGAGAAAUAGCAUUGAGCCAUCGAAAUCAGGAAACAACCAAUCUGUUGCGAAGUCUUCGCGGGUGGUUGACAAGUCAGUUUCGUGUUACUCGUGUGUAUAUAAUGCAUCGGGUGUAUGCAAUAAACAAAGGAAAACAUGCCAGGAACCUAAUGCAACCUGUUUUCAUUUGGAAGUGGAGUAUAAGAAUAACACAUCAUUCCGCAGUAAAGGUUGUACUGCAAUCAAUGAAACGUGCUCCAAUUUUUGUGCGUCUCUCAAUCAAACUGGGCAAGUCAAGAAUUGCUCUUCAUCUUGCUGUAGUCACAGCUUGUGCAACGACAAGAGCGACAAAAACGUCAACAACGGCAAAGGUUCCGCUUUGAUUGUCCAUCUGGCUGGUUGGCUUCUUCCCUUUGCGCAAGGAUUAAUCUUUUUGAUGGUAAUUCGUUAAAAUGUAAACGCGGCUUCUUCAUUUUGACACAUUUGCACGACAAUUUAAUAGCUAUAUUAGUGACAUACCUGUAUUGUGACAUAACUGUAAUAAAUAACCGUGUGGUUUAUAUAAAUAAAACAAAAGUCGGAUGCUUUCUCUUUACGAA